GUCCCACCAACCACUGGCAGCUAUGACGUGGGUGUACGCUCAUACGCGAUCCCUUUCAUUGAUCAACACAAUCCUUCGUGGCCGGGGAACAUAAGCACUUCAUACCUCGCAACAAUAUACUACCCAACAAUUCAGACCUCCAAUAAAACAGUGACACUAUACGUGGACCCCGAAGCCGCCGCACCUCUAGAUGCUCUCUACAACCAGACAUCCGGUACAGUCGGCAACCUCACCACCAACAUCAAACCCAACGCAGCUAUCGCCGAACCGCCUCAAGGCAGUCUGUUCCCCAGCCUGAUAUUCCAGCCUGGUUUUGAGGGCCUCUCGGCAAUGUAUUCGAUAACAAUGACAGAGCUGGCCUCGCGAGGAUAUGCUGUCGCCGCUCUCGAUUUCCCUUACGAGACGACUUUUGUCCGCUAUCCCAACGGCACCGGUGUUAGCGGCAUUUACGGCGGCAUUUUCUCUUUCGACAUCAUACCGCCGAUAUAUGAGACACGUAUCCGUGCUGGGAUCCACUUCGUCGAGUACUGGUCUACUUUGGUCGAGCAGCUCCAUGCUCCGUUCCAGGUAGCACCGCUCGGCGUAUUCGGACAGUCAUUGGGCGGUGCUGCUGCCCUGGGCGUGGCAGAUGCGAUCCCAGACAGAAAGGUCGUGGCGUCGGCAUUAAACCUGGACGGAGGUCUCUAUGGGAACCCAGCUUCCAACUCCUCUCUUGCGGACCUAAAGAGGCCGGUGUUGCAAAUGGGAACAGUUAAUCACACUGGGUCGUAUGAUCCCACGUGGGAUACCUUUCCGGUAGCGCAAACGGGAUGGUGGCGUACUCUGUGGGUUGCCCGCGCCGAUCAUCUCGAUUUCAGCGAUGUGACUUUCUGGAGAGAAUUUCUAGUGAACAGACAAACGAGUAAUACAGCCAUUCAGGGGCGUCGUAUGGUGAACGUAACAAGGGAGUUUGUGACUGCUUUCUUUAACUACACACUGCUGAAUCAGGAGGAAAAGGUACUCAGUAAACCGGGGGCAGACUGGCCUGAGGUA